UUGGUUUGUGUUAAUUUAAGUGAAGUGAAGGCGAAUAAUGGAGUAUCAAUCACAGUGUUUGGCGGGUUUUUGAGGUUGAUAUAACAUCUGAACCCCCCACAAAGCUCCAUUUCACCUUAUUAAUGGCGAUAACCCCCCUUCUCCCCCACAUUUUUGCCACUUAUUUACUCCAACUCUCUCUCUCUUUCUCUCUCUCUCUCUCUCACAACUAAAGUAGUAAACUAAGGCAUGCCUAUAACCUACAACAUACUGUUUUCAGUUUCUCAAAUCUCAGUGGGAGUCUCAGAACCUUCACUCUAAAGCUUUAUCUUCUUUCUUCCACACCAAGCACCUACAGAUCCGGAACUAGGACUGGGAUCCGUGAAUAUUUUCUUUCGAGUCGGUAUUUGAGAUUGAGAUUGUCUCUGGGUUUGGCAUUUUCGGAAAGUUUAUGACUCGUCGAACAAGGUUUAUAAUCUUGAGCCAUGUUGGAUGCACCAUGUCAAUGACUGAAUCUCUUCUAUUUCUUCAUCCAUAGAAAAAGUUUCCCAACUGAGACCUUACUGACCUCCAAACUGAAAAAAGAAAACUGACCUCCAAGCUGAUUCGAGGAAUUUGUACCUCUUCAAAGUUGUGGUCUUCCUGCACAAUGGACUAAUGUUCCUUUCUAUGCAUUUAUUCUUCCGAUCAUAGAUCAAGUUUCCAGCAAUGUCAAGGAUUACAAAGUGGAAGCUUGAGAAGACAAAAUUAAAAGUUGUCUUCCGGCUACAAUUCAAUGCCUCACAUAUUCCCCCAAAUGGAUGGGAUAAGCUGUUUAUAUCUUUCAUUCCUGCUGAUUCUGGAAAGGCAACGGCAAAGACGACCAAGGCAAAUGUGAGAAAUGGGACGUGCAAAUGGGCAGAUCCUAUUUAUGAAACUACCAGACUUCUUCAAGACAUCAAAACAAGGCAGUAUGAUGAGAAGUUUUAUAAACUUGUGGUGGCAAUGGGUUCUUCACGUUCCAGUAUCCUUGGUGAGGCUAACAUCAACCUUGCUGAUUAUGCUGAUGCCUUAAAGCCUUCUGCUGUUGCACUGCCUCUUCAUGGAUGUGACUCUGGAAGUAUCUUACAUGUCACUAUACAGCUGCUAACAUCUAAAACUGGUUUCAGAGAGUUUGAGCAGCAGAGGGAACUAAGAGAGAGGGGUCUGGAGACAACUUCAGACCAAAAUAGUCAUUAUGAAUCUGCUGGUAGAAAAGUAACAUCUUCUGGAGAGACUGUCAAUGAUCUAAUGGAUAAGGUUAAUGCAAGAGUUAGAUUCAAAAAAGAAUCUCAAGAACUUCCUUCGCUUGAGGAAGAGGUUGGACUGAAUGAAGAGUAUGCAGACUCUGCGGUUGGAUUUGAUGGCUCAUCCAAUACUUCAGAAAGUGUAUAUGCCGAGAAGCAUGAUGUGUCCAGUACAAAUGAAAUUGACAGCCUUAAGAGUACAGCCUCGGGCGAUUUAGGUGGACUCUCCCUUAGUCAAAGUCCUCAGCCAGAGAAAGGGGACCAUUCUGAUAAUAGAUUUUUGGCCCAAGGGACCAAUGAUUGGGUUCAGGGCUGGAGUUCGGACUAUUCUGCAGACAAUGAUUUAGCAAUUGUUUAUGAAGAGAAUAGUAGACUUAGAGGAAGCUUGGAAAUGGCUGAAUCUUCUAUUCUCGAACUUAAGCUGGAGGUAAGUGCAUUACAAAGCCAUGCUGAUGAAAUAGGUGUAGAAGCACAAAAAAUUGCCCAUCAGCUUGCUGCAGAAAUUGCUUCAGGAGAAGAACUGGCAAAGGAAGUAUCUGUGAUGAAAUCAGAGUGUUCAAAGUUCAAAGACGAUCUUGAGCAGUGUAAAAGUUCUAAAUUAGGCCCUCAACGUUCGGAAUCUAUUGUGACAGACCAGGAACACGUAUUUCAAGAGUUACAUAUAAGAUGGUUAAAGGGGCUUUUACUAGUGGAGGAUAAGAUAAGAGAGCUUCAAAACAAGGCAUUCUUUGGAUCACAUGAAGGAGACUUAAGGUUUCUGCACUCGGACUUGGAGGCACUGCUUGGUGUUCUGCAGGACGUCAAACAAGGAACUGGACAGGCAAUAUCAGGGCCCAACUUGAAAAGUGUAAAGGAUACCAGAGAAAUGAAGUUACAUAGAAGUGAGCUAGUUGUGCCAGGAACUGGGUUUGAUGCAGACCUGUAUCAAUCUGAAGGUAUCCUUCAUUGUCUUAAGAUUCCUAGCCUGGUGUCUCAUGAAUCUGAUUCUGUUGAUUCUAUGAAUGCAUUGAAAGGGAAACUCUUUGAACUUCUAAGGGAGUUGGAUGAGUCCAAAGCUGAACGGGAAAGCCUUGCCAGAAAAACGGACCAGAUGGAGUGCUACUACGAAGCUCUUGUUCAGGAACUUGAGGAAACUCAGAGGCAGAUGAUGGGAGAGUUGCAAAAUCUCAGAAACGAGCAUUCUACUUGUAUAUACACAAUUUCAUCCACUAAGGUAGAGAUGGAGACUAUGCACCGAGAAAUGAAUGAACAGCUAACAAGACUUGCUAAAGACAAGUGUGAUUUGGAAUCUCUUUGCAAAGAGCUUGAAAGAAGGGCUGCUUCUGCUGAAGCUGCACUCAAGAGGGCACGCCUGAAUUACUCGAUUGCUGUGAACCAGCUACAGAAGGACCUCGAACUGCUUUCUUUCCAGGUUCUGUCUAUGUUUGAGACUAAUGAGAACCUUAUCAAGCAAGCUUUUGCAGAUUCUCCUGGACCAGUCUUUCAAGGAUUCCCCGAAAUGGUGAAGAAACAGAAAUUGGAUUCAGAGGAAUUUGGCACUUCCAAAUUGUUGCACUGUCAGCAUAACUAUGCUGGGGUGAAUAAAGAGAACUUGUGUGGAGAUAUUCCUUUAGAGGAUUUGAAAAGAUCACUAUGCUUGCAGGAAGGGCUUUGCCAGAAGAUUGAAGAAGAAGUUUACGAAACGCAUUUAGUGAACAUGUACUUGGAUAUUUUUUCCAAAACUCUACAGGAGAGUUUGCGUGAAGCAGGUUGUGAAUUUAUACUCGUGAAAGAGAAACUGGAAGAAUGUACAAGGCAGCUGGAGCUUUCAACCAAGUCCAAGGAGUUACUGAUGCUUAGGCUGCAGGAAGCUCUGGACGAUGUUCAUUCUCUUAAUGAUUACAAAGCCACUUGCAUUGCGAAAUGCAAUGAGUUGGCUCAGCACAGCCAAAUUUUAGAAUCAAAUUUACAAAUUGUUACCCAUGAAAAUAGUCUUCUCAAUCAAAAGAUUACUGAAUGGGAAGCAUUGAUAACAGAGUACAAAAGUUAUGAGAGUACAUAUGAGGCCUGCACCACAGAAAAGUUAGAGUUGGAAAACUCAUUGAACCAAAAGACCUUAGAAAAUCACAAGCUUCGAAAUGAUGUUUCCUCUUUUCAGGAAGAGUUAAAAGCAGUUAGAACUGAAUUUGAUGAGCUGAUUUCCGAGAAGAAGAAUCUAGAGGAUGCUAUCAAGUUUCUGCAAGAUAAGUUGUUAAACCGGUUGGCAUCUUGUGACAAAAAGUGUGAUAGACUGUCUCUCCAGAGUGAAUCUUUCUGUCAGGAUUUGGAGUCAAAGAACUUAGCAGGUGUUGUGCUGCAAUUAGAAGAGCUUCAUCAUAAUGCAUUUGAAAAGAUUCUCCAACUCAUGGAAGAGAAGGAAGGUCUGGUGGAUGAAAGAGAUUUGGCUCAAGUGUCCCUAAAAACAGCAGAAUCAGAUAAUUUGAUCACAAAACAGAAGUUUGAACAUUACAUACGGGCUAUAAUGGAUAAACACGAUGUUUCAAGUGCCCUGCUACAAAAGCUUCAAUUAGAAGUUGAUAUUAUUGCUAACAGAGUCAAGAUUAGCUCUGAAGCUGAAGAAAGAUACUCACAGCAGCACAGAGAACUCUUAUCUGAUCUAGACCGGUUCGAAGUUGAGCUGCAACAACUUACUUCUCAAAACAAGGAUCUUGUCGAAGAAAUUUUGAAGUUAGAGAGUGUAACUGACAAUCUUGAAAAGUGUAAGGUGACCAUAGCAACAUUUACUGAAGAAAAAGACACUUUAGUGGCUUCUUUAGAGGAUAAAACAGAGGAAUCUGCCAAGCUCGCAUUGGAGCUUAAUAACUUGAAAGAAGGUUUUCAAUCCCUGCAUGAUGAGUUGGAGAUUGAGAGAAGCUCCAGAUGUGAAUUAGAGAGUACAGUUUUGAAGCUUAAUUUGCAACUGGAUGAGAAGCAGCGGCAGUUACUUCAUUAUGAUCAGCAGAAAGAUGAGCUGUUCCAUCUCAAUCAAAUGCUAUCAGAUCUAGAAUUAGAAAAAACGAGAGUCUGCCAUCUUUUGUUGACCACUGAGGAAUGUCUUGAAAGUGUUAGGGAAGAAUGUUCCUCUUUGGAAACUUACCUGUUUGAAAUGCAUGAGUUUUCAAUUGAUACAAAUGUUAGACUCAUUUUCACAAGAACUCAGUAUGAUGCCUGGAUGGGCGAUAUCAUUCAGAAACUUAAAUCUGCAGAGCAGCAACUUGCUGAGCUUCACCAGAAGCAUCUUAAUGAAGAAACAGUACGUGAUUGUCGUUUAGGUAGUGAAGCCUGCUACAUUGAAGAGCAUGCAAUAUGGUCAACAAGUCUGGACUCCUUGAGGUUGGAUUUAGAAGCCUCUAACGCUGAAAACAGAAUUCUUCUUCAUAGAAAUGGUGCUAUAACUUCUGAACUUGAGAAGUACAAGAAGGUGGCUGAAAAUAUGGAGGCUACUUUCUAUAUGGAGAAAAUUCAGCAUGCUCUUGAUCUUGAAAGGCUACAGCAUGAGUUAAUGAAUUCUGAAGAAGUGGUUGAUAACCUGAUGUUCUCCAAGGAGGAACUUGACGUCAAAUAUUCAAUACUCAAAACCAAGUUAGAUGAACAGAAUGCUUAUAUAACCUUGCUGGAAGAAAAUAAAGAUGAACUGAUAGCGCUGAGGAAGCAAUGUGGUGAGGUUAACCAGAGGCUUGCUGAGCAGGUUCUAAAGACAGAAGAGUUUAAAAACUUGUCCAUCCAUUUGAAGGAGCUUAAAGACAAGGCUGAUGCUGAUUGUCUCCAGGCUCGUGAGAAAAGGGAACCUGAAGGACCACCCUUUGUCAUGCAAGAGUCCUUGAGAAUUGCAUUUAUCAAAGAACAGUAUGAGACCAAGCUGCAAGAACUGAAACACCAGAUUUCCAUCUCCAAAAAGCAUAGCGAUGACAUGCUGUGGAAAUUACAAGAUGCAAUUGAUGAAGUUGAAAAUAGGAAGAAAGCUGAGUCUUCUCACUUAAAAAGAAAUGAAGAGCUGAGUUUAAGGAUCUUGGAAUUGGAAGCCGAUUUGCAUUCAGCCCUUACUGAAAAGCGUGAACUAAUGAAGGCUUGUGACCUGAUGAAGGCUGAAAAAGAGUGCUCAUUAAUAAGCCUUGAAUGCUGCAAGGAAGAAAAACAAGAGCUUGAAGCCUCUUUACAAAAAUGUAAUGAUGAAAAAUCUAAAUAUGCUGCAGAGAUUAGAUUGAUGAGAGAUGUACUAGAAAGUUCCACAUCCCAGAUAAAUAUUCAGAAGGAUGGCUAUGAUAGAUUACUCAAAGAGAAUUGCACACAUGCUGAGCCAAUUGGUGGAAAGCUUCAUCAGAAAAACCCAAUUCCGGGGAUUCCAAGUAGUGUAAGAGUAAGUAUGGAGGCCACUCCUGGGAAUAGUACGACGGAGGAACUGUUUCGUUCAAUAAGUUACGAUGAACCUGCUAUUCCUGCAGAUGAAACUGGCCAAGCAAGUGCCCUCAUGAAUGUACAACACAUGCAGGAUAUUCUUGAAUCUGGAGGUGAAGAAGGUAUUUCAAGUAUUGUUCUUGUAAAUCGGGAAGACUUACUUCACACUGACAUAAAGCAUUUAGCUCUUGCCAAUGAUCACACUAAGGCUCAGAGUCUAAAGUCUAGCCUGGACCAUUUAAAUAAGGAGUUGGAAAGGAUGAAACAUGAGAAUUCGCUCACUCCCUUAGAUAAUAGUGAUGUUUACUCAAAUUUUCCAGGUUUACAAAGAGAACUAAUGCUGUUACAUAAGGCAAAUGAAGAAUUGGGGAGCAUGCAUCCUUCGUUCAAUGAAUUUUCUUUUAGUGGUAAUGCAUUGGAAAGGGUACUUGCCUUGGAAAUUGAACUUGCUGAAGCACUGCAGGCAAAGAAGAAAUCUAGCAUCCAUUUUCAGAGUUCUUUCUUGAGACAGCAUGGUGAUGAGGAAGCAGUAUUCCAAAGCUUUCGAGAUAUCAAUGAGCUUAUAAAAGACAUGUUGGAACUGAAGGGAAGGUAUUCAAGUGUGGAGACCGAACUGAAGGACAUGCAUGAUCGAUACUCUCAACUAAGCCUUCAAUUUGCCGAGGUUGAAGGAGAGAGACAGAAACUGAUGAUGACUCUUAAAAAUGUUCGGGCAUCCAAGAAGGCCCUACUCUUGAAUCGAUCCUCAUCAACUUCCCUUGGAGAAAAUCCCUCCUAGCCUCACAAGUGUCUGCCCAGAAGCCAUCCUAUACUGAGCUUAGUUAAUACAGGUGCACAUGGACACCGCACAUUCAAGGACUGGGAAGCUGCGGCAAUGGCCAACUAGUUUGAAGCUUAGUACAGUAUGUCCAAAGCCAAGUAGCAGGUACUCGUGUAAAUUAAAAUUUUACUGUGCUUGCUGGCCAUGUCAUCGGUUAUUCGUAUAAAUUAUAGAUCCCUGUAACGUCUUGGCUUUUUAUUUUUAUUUUGCUCCGCCUCAUCGGUGCAAUUCGUUCAGCUGUAUAGUAAAUCAAAUUUUUUUGACUGACAUAAUAAUUCUAUUUAGAUCUUCAGAAGAA